CACAGCAGAGACACUGACGCUCGCAAAUUUUCAUCGCGCAUGAGAAUCUAUUACGAUAUACAUUUCCAAUUGCUUAAAAAAAGUUGAAAAUGUUUAAAUUAUCAAGUAGUAGCAGCAGCAAUAGUAGUUGUAGUGAAGAAGAUGAAAUUUCUCGAACAACACAAUGUUCAAUAAGAGAAUCACGAAUGUUAAGUUCAAUAUCGCAAAUGAGUUCAUCGGUGAGAAUCGGAAAUAUCUCUGAAGACUUUUUGAAAGUUUGGAGCAAAUUGCCAGAAGCAAUUCGCUUAGAUCCAAGUUUAGCUUUUAUGCAGAAGGAAUAUAACAAAAUGCAGAGGAAUUUUUCAGGUACAAAUACUACAAAAACGGAAUGUCUCGUUCUCAACUUAUCGCUUAAACCACAACAAAUGCUAGAAGAUAUUCAAAAUAAUAACGAAUAUCCAGUAGAUAAAUUGAAUUUGCAUCAGAGAAGAUUAGAUCCAAUAGCUCGGUACACGAAAUUGUCAUUGCUUGUAAUUUGUUGGAUGAUUUGCCUUUUCGCUUUAAUAGUUACAAAGGAAAAAAUAGAAGUGGCCCAUCAAAUUGUAAUAGGUUACAAUGAAACAAAAAAUGUAACACUUGCGAAUGAUAUUCGCAAUAAUAAAAUUGACGUAACUCUUGAAGGCUCGUUAUUAAUUACGGCCAAUGUAAGCAUGAAUGCGAAUCAAAGUUUGUUCAGCAAUCACAUAUCACUCUGGAUAGAAUCAUUUGAUUUCGAUUAUUUUAGCUGUGGACGAUUGCGUAAUCGCACCCAGCAUGUAUCGAGGGUGUGGAAUAUUCCCCUCUUACCAGUUUAUUUAAUGAAUAUGGUACCUAAUCAAAAAAUCAAAAACAUUUUCCAUCUUAAUUUAACAGAAAGAUCAAAUCAUCAUCCGUUGUUAUUAAAAUUAAAAACUAAUAUGAAUACAACAGUCCUAUUUACGCUCAUAUAUAAUGAAUCGCCAAUCAACAUUGAAGAUGGAGUUUUGUAUGCCGCUGCUGUAUUAGUAGGACUUUACGUUCUAAUAAUUUUUGAGCUAGUGCACAAAACGAUUGCAGCUAUGUUAGCAUCGACUAGUUCUAUAGCUAUUCUAGCUAUGUUAAAUGAGAAACCAACAAUGAAAGAAAUUAUAUCGUGGAUUGAUGCUGAUACUCUUCUUUUACUUUUUUCAAUGAUGGUGCUUGUCACGAUUUUUUCAGACACUGGCAUGUUUGACUAUUUAGCAGUGUAUGCUUAUAAGAUUACCAAUGGAAAAAUUUGGUCACUAGUCUGUCUUCUGUGCUUCUUCACAGCGUUCAUUUCGGCAUUUUUAGACAAUGUAACUACUGCCUUGCUAAUGACACCUGUGACCAUUCGACUAUGCGAACUAAUGCAAUUAAAUCCAGUUCCUGUACUGACAGCUAUGGUUAUAUUCUCAAACAUCGGUGGAAGUAUAACGCCAAUUGGUGAUCCACCGAAUGUUAUUAUAGUUUCUAAUCGUAUCGUUUUUGAAGCGGGUAUUAACUUUGGAAUAUUCACUAGUCAUAUGUCCAUUGGAAUAAUAUUGAUUCUUUUUACAACAUAUGUCCACUUUUGUAUCAUCUUCCGAAAUCUAGAUGUGCUGCGUUUUGAUGAACCACAAGAUAUUCAAGAAUUGAGACAUGAAAUUAUCAUUUGGCAAAGAGCUGCCGCAAGCCUUUCAAGUUACAGCAGAGAUGAAAACAUUGUUAGAGCAACUUUGAUGAAGAAGAUAAAGCGUCUAUUAUAUGAAUUGAAGCAGAAACUAGUUACUGGAAGUGUGUUAUUAGAGAAUUAUCAAACUACCUUAGAAGAAUUGGAAAAUAAGUACCCUAUAAGAAAUAAGUGGUUGUUACUCAAAUCAGGAAUCUCGAUGAUUCUUGUGAUAACUCUUUUUUUUCUUCAUAAUUCGCCAUAUAUUAAUUUAUCAUUAGGUUGGAUGGCGUUUUUUGGUGUAUUACUUCUCUUCAUAUUAGCUGAUAACGAAGACUUUGAUGGUAUCAUGGCUAGAGUUGAAUGGAGCACUUUAUUAUUCUUCGCGGCGUUAUUCGUCCUAAUAGAAGCUUUAUCAAAGCUUGGAUUAAUAGCAUUCAUCGGUAAAAAGACAGAACUAGUCGUGAUGUCUGUAAACGAAGAUUACAGACUAGCAGUUGCAAUUCUAUUAUUACUAUGGGUAUCUGCCAUAGCCGGAUCUUUUGUUGAUAAUGUACCACUAGCAACUAUGAUGGUACGAAUUGCCACCAAAUUAGCUGAAAAUCAAGAGCUCCAGUUACCUUUACAACCUCUCAUAUGGGCAUUAGCUUUCGGGUCAUGUUUAGGAGGUAAUGGUACUUUGAUUGGAGCAACGGCUAAUGUUGUCUGUGCUGGGAUAGCUGAGCAACAUGGAUAUCAUUUCACAUUCAUGAAAUUCUUUAAAAUAGGAUUUCCAGUUUUGAUCACUAGUACAUUGACGGCAACGGUUUAUCUCAUGAUAGCGCACGUUGCGUUUAAGUGGAACCAUUAAACUAUUCAUCAAUGGUCUAUUUAGUUGUAAAUUAAUUUAAUAAAUCUUUAUGUAUUUAUUUUUGUAUGACCGUUAAUUUAUAUUUGAAAGAUGUAAAAUUGUUAAAAAUCUUGUUGUGAAAUCAUUUGUUUUAGGAGAAUUCUUGUUUCAUCUUGUUUUAAAUUCUUAUAAAUUAUAUACUAACA